AAGGUUAAAAAUAAUUAUACACCACAUUUUAUAAAUCACUUAAUAAUCGUAAAAUAAAUAACUUUGCAAUACAGCUGGCAAUAAUAGAAUCCAAGAAGCAAAUAGCAAAACCUAAUGCAAAAAAGCAAACGUAUUAAAUCAAUUCAACCAACCUUUAAGAAUCCAUUUAACUCAAAAAGAACUGAAUUGUUUAAACAAAUAUCAAUAAUUCUUAGUCAUAAUGAGAAAGUGCUCUAGUUUAUACAUAGUUCUGCUCUGUUCCGCAGUCCUGAAAACUUUUGUAGACUGCGUCGAUGAUAUAGAGGAAAAAGAACGAUACAGCUCAUCUACUGUAGGACUUCUGAAACUGCUUAAAGUGGAACAGCAAUACGUAUAUAGCCUCAUUAGCAAAGCAGAUCAACUGGGAGAUAAAUUCAAAUCGCUUCGACUGUACUUGUCUUCAGUGGGUUAUGAAUUGAAUCGAAGCCUCAAUGAGAGAGUGGUAUACGUUUCGAAUCCCAUUAAUGCCUUUUCCCUUCUAAGGCGAACCCACGAGGAUUUGCCUAAAUGGCACGCCUUCUUUAGAGAAGCCAUUGUAGAAGGAGGUCUGAGUACUCUGGAUGACCUUGUGAAAAAAGUGCCUAGCGACGUGGACAUUUUGUCGUCCGUGCGUGGAAUUCAACGUAUGGAAAGGGUAUAUGACUUAAAGAUCGACGAUUUGGCACAAGGAGUGUUGCAAGGAGUUCAGUACAACACUCAACUCACAUAUCGCGACCUCAUAGCCAUGGGAGAUUCGAUGUACCAGCAACGCGACUAUCAAGCAGCAGCCAAAUGGUAUCGAAUUGCUUGCAAGCGAGAAUUGGGAAAUUCCGAAGAAUUGUUAAUUGAGAUUUUGGGCGACCCAUCUGAAGAACUACAUCGCCAGUACGUCAAGUCUCUCUUCAUAUAUGCCUCUACUUUAUCUGAACCAUCGAAGCCUAUUGAAGAAGCCUUUAUUAUGGCUCAAAAUUCUUUAGCACACGCCAGUCUAGAGAAUCUAGAGAGUAUAAUCUCCGACCUAAUUGACCCCCGAAACGAUGCUAAAGUAGAGAAAGAGCUGUAUCAGGUAAAUCCUUCCCACUUUGAAAUUGGCUGUCGAGGACUGUAUCGCACCGCGAACGCGUUUCUGCGAUUGGCCCCUCUAAAAUUCGAGGAAAUAAGUUUGGAUCCAUUUGUGGCAAUGUAUCAUGGAGUUCUGUAUGAUUCGGAGAUUCGUGCACUUAAAGGGCAAUCGUGGAACAUGAUUAAUGGCUAUGCAAGCGAAAGAAAUGGCACAGAAAUCAGAGAUACAGUAGCGCGAUAUGACUGGUGGUUAGAUGCAUCUUUGAUGCGAGAACGCAUCAAUCAGCGCAUUUCUGAUAUGACAGGAUUCAACUUCCCAAAGGACGAAAAGCUACAGGUCACGAACUAUGAACUGGGCUCCUAUUUCCAACCGCACUUCGACUACUCCUCCGACGGCUUUGAAGCUUCAGAUGUUACGACAUUGGGGGAUCGCUUGGCCAGCGUUAUUUUUUAUGCUGGUGAGGUUCGGCAAGGAGGUGCCACUGUCUUUCCGGAAAUAAAUGUUACGGUGUUCCCACAAAAAGGCAGCAUGUUGUACUGGUUCAAUUUGCAUGAUGACGGAACACCUGAUACUAGAAGCCAACACUCGGUGUGUCCUGUUGUCAAUGGAGACAGAUGGUUGCUCAUAUAUUACGAUGGUUCUACAUAUAGGAUGUUUGCCCUUUCAGCUCUCACAAUGUGGGUUCCAAUGUUUCCUCAAAUGUUUGGCUACCCAUGUAAAUCGUAGUUAAUAAACUUCGGAAAACUCUAUAGUCACCUUGAUCACUAGUUUAAACAAGAUUUUUUGUGUGCAAUAGAGUGAAGUAGU